CGAAACUUGUGCUCAGUUUGCAACAGUCGAUCGCGUUGAAUGGUUCUUCUGUGCGAUUAGAGUGCCCCCAACACAAAAAACCACAUGUGGCGGUCAAGUGGUGCUCCGCUCGUGGAGCUUCUUCUGGCCUCGCUGGUGAUCGGCAGAGUCGGCUGCCUGAUCUGCACGCGUCGCCCGGCGAACACGGGUUCGCCCAAAUCUCCGGUGGACGAGAACUUCGUAAUAAGCGUUUCGGGCAAUCCGGAAACAUACAUUCUCGGCCAGGAAUACAACGUCUCGCUGAAUGCAUUUAAUGGCCACCGCUACAUCAGUUUCAUCAUGGCUUUGGAGAAUGAAAACGGGGACUUUAGCUACAAGGACGAUUUGGGUCGGUUUGAGUUGAGUGACCUGAUAGAGACCCGCUACAGUCCCAACUGCAUCAAUAUGGUGGAGAACACCAAUACCAAUUCAAAGACGCACAUGCACCUGACCUGGGUGGCGCCCAGUGAGCCUGGAAGUGGCUGCAUCCUGAUCCGGGCCACGGUGCAGCAACAUCGCGAGGUGUGGCACAUGGACGACGGAGGACUGACGCGACGCAUCUGCGAGGAGGUCACCGAUGAUGUGGAAAGCCAGCCAACGAGUCCUGCGGCGGAUGUGCCCUGCUGCGCCUGCGAUGAGGCGCGCUAUGAACUCACCUUCGAAGGCGUUUGGUCGAGGAACUUGCAUCCCAGGUACUUCCCUGCUCGCAAUUGGGAGACUCGAUUCUGUGAGCUUCUGGGAGCGGCCCACAGUUCGGACUAUCGUUUCUGGGAAUCCGGAGCACUGGCCAGUUUGGCUAUGAAGGAAUACGCUGAGCACUGCAGCUCCCGACUUCUGGAACGGGAGUUUAGCGUUAACUUUCGGGACCAGAAAAUACGCACCAUCAUCAAGGCAAGAGGACCUUCGUAUCCCAACAUGAGCAGCAAGACCAUGGCCUCGGUGCGAGUGGAUCCCAUUCAUCACAUGGUGUCCUUUGCCUCCAAGAUAGAACCCUCACCGGAUUGGGUGGUGGGUGUGUCUGGACUGGAGCUGUGCCUGCGCAACUGCACUUGGAUGGAGGAGAAGGUCAUCAAUCUGUAUCCCUGGGAUGUGGGCACAGAUGCGGGUCCCACCUAUACGUCAGCCGAUCAGCCCCAGGUGCCGCCAGAUGUUAUAAGACGCAUGCGUUCCGAUUUUCCCAAUGAUCCACGUUCACCCUUCUACGAUGACUCCGGAGCUCCCAUGAAACCCUUGGCCAUUCUCACAGUGAAGCGCCAGCGCAUCUACGAAAGACGAUGUGCUGAUGAGGAUUCCAACAAUGAUGCGGAUGUGCCACGAGAGUGUCUCACCCAUCCUUGGUCCAGUUGGAGCGACUGCUCCUCCAAAUGUGGUGUUGGCAUGCAGUACAGAAGACGUGUCUACAAGCAGCCCGAGCUGGCCAAGGUCUACAACUGCAAUGUGCCGCAGUAUGAGGAACAGGAAUGUCAGGGCGAGAUGUGCGGCCAAAAUAGUCCCAUGCGAGUCCCGGAGGAGUUUGAGGAUCUGGAGCCGGCGAUCGGGGGAAACGGCUAUCAGCCAGCCAUCAACCAGAGGCGGGCAGAGUGCCAAUUGAGUUUGUGGGGCAGCUGGAGCCCCUGCAGCGUCACCUGUGGCGAUGGUUACGAGAUGCGCCAGCGGCAGUACCUCAAUCCCCAGGCGGAAUCACAGUGCCAGAGUGUCCAUCGCAUGGAGUUGCAGGAAACACGCAAGUGCUCCGGCUUAGCCUGUCUCGGUAACUUACCGGGAUCGUACAAUGGCGAUAUGGAUACCCCCUAUGAAGGGUCUUCUCCUGGUCGCACUGGAGGUAAUAUGUAUGGACCACAGCUUGAAUCGGAGGCAGAGAAUUUCGGAGACUACGAUGAGCCACGAAAUGGAGCAAUGGAUGGCUUCGAAGUGGGCAAUCUCAAGGGCAACACCGGAAACUGGGCAGGGAACAGGCAGCCAGAGCGUCAGGUGAACUCAGGGAGAGAUCCUCCGCCCUACAGGCAGUCCAAUUACAAUCCACCAGCCAGGACAGAGUAUAAUCCACCAGCCAGGACAGAGUACAAUCCACCAGGUAGGACAGAGUACAAUCCACCAGCCAGGACAGAGUAUAAUCCACCAGGUAGAACAGAACGACCCAUUUGGCCAGGGCAACCACCUCGACCCACUGAUCCCCUCUUGGAGGAUGUGGAACGAUCUCCCUGGCAACGUCAGAGGCCAAGCAACAAAUAUGCAUCGAACUUUGCGGCUCCAGAAGAGGAUUCGCCAAGGGAACCGUGGCAGAGGACUGGUCAUUUUGGCAACCAGGAUAGGUAUGCAACUGGCGGUGAUGUGGACUCAUCGCUAUCCAACCGCUGCUUCCAAAUGCUGCAGACGGUGCAGCCACGCUGUCGGGAUCAGACGAUUACGGGCCAGUUUUGGUUCUACAACUUCUGUGCGGACGAGUGCAUGCUGUAUGCCGCGGAUCCGUGCGACCGGAAUGUGAACAAGUUCAGUCGGUGGGAGGAUUGCGAGAGGUGCCGCCAGCCGGAAAUGGCUGCACUGCAGCAGGAGCACACCAAUUCCCCGGAGUGCGAGAACCUUCGGGUCAUUUGGCGGGAGGAGCAGAGGGCCAAGGAAGAAAAACGUAGCUCGAGUGGAAGGCGCAAUUAUGGCGGUUACAGGCAACGCACUAGAAAUUAAUUAAGAAACUAAUUAGUAAUUGGAGAAUAAUUAAAUAUAAUGUAUAUGAAACAUAAA